AUGGCGGCCGACCUGCAGCCCGUCACCACCCUCCUGCUCGACAUCGAGGGCACCGUGUGCUCCAUCUCAUUCGUCAGAGAGGUCCUGUUUCCGUACGCAAUCGAGGUGCUCCCUGAGACGGCGGCGGCCAAAUGGGACGACGCCGAGUUCAAGAGCUACGUGGAGGCCUUCCCUGAGCUUGCGCAGAAGUCGGCCAAAACAUUCUCCGACUAUGCGAUCAAUCUCAUGAAACAGGACUCCAAGGUGCCGUAUCUGAAGAAGUUGCAAGGUUAUCUCUGGAAGAACGGCUGGAAUACCGGCGCCUUCGUCGCGCCACUGUACCCUGACGUCUUGCCCCAGCUACGCGACUGGCAUGCCAAGGGUAAACAGAUCGCCAUCUUCUCGUCCGGGAGCGUGCCUGCUCAGAAGUUGUUGUUCGGCCACGUCGGCACCGCUGAUGCCAACGGCGCCCAAGUGGCCGCCAACGACGACGUUGCCGAGAGCUCCGAGAAGAAGCGCAAGCCGGACGAAGCUGAUGAGCCCGAGGAGGAAAGCGUUGAGGAGCCGGCGGCCAAGAAGCCCAAGGCCACCGAGCCGCUGGUGGAUCCCCCAGCUAGGCUGCCCGGCGUCCAGGAGCGCAAGCACAAGAAGCUCCACCGCCCUUAUCUCGGUGAGGACAUCAACGACCUGAUCGUCGACUACUUCGACACGCAAAACGCCGGCCCCAAACAGGAAGCCGCCAGCUACACGAAGAUUGCGGGGGCGCUGGGGAAGCCGUGCAAUGAGAUCCUCUUCCUUAGUGACAACGUAAAAGAGGUCAGGGCCGCACUUGAGGCCGGCAUGAAGUCCUUCGUCAUCGACCGUCCAGGCAAUGAGCCACUUUCGGACGACGAUCGCGAGGCUUUUACUGUUCACACGAGCUUCAAGGACAUUCCACUCGUGGAAAAGGCUUGA